AUGCCAGAUUAUUUUGGGUUUAAGACUGAACUGCAUAAAGACGAACAUAGUGAAAACAGUACCCGAAAAUCAUCUAAAAAUGCAAAAUCAAGAACUUCAAGUAUAUCACAGCCACAAGUUACAGAUAGCCAUGUCCUUUCAAAUCCAGUCUCUACAACUACUACUAUGAUAAGUUCAAAGGAUACCUUUACUUUUAUCCAACAACAAGGCAGAGCUGAUAGUAGUUCCACCACACAACCUAAAUCUCCUGUAAUAUCUAUUGAAUCGCCAAACGAUGAAACUGUGUGUGUAGAUACUCCGAUAAGCGUACUCACUUUGAAAAGAACUCCAUCAGUAAAUCUUUUAAGAUCACCUUCUCAGAAUGCUGUUAUGAAUACCAAUACUACCAAUACUUCUACAAAUUUUUCCAAUGUUAAUACUAACACAAAUAAAAAUGAGUCCAUUUCAUAUAGAAUAGGUGGAGUACCUACAGCUCUUUCAACUCAAUUUAACAACUUCCAAUUACAGCCAUUAUCUAGUUUGACACCAACUACUACAACAUCAACGCCAUCACAUAACAACCUUAAUAAUACUACGUCGCCCCAAUUCCUAAAUACCCAAUUAAUGUAUAAUUCAAGUUCAGAAAGUUCUUCUGCUCGUUCAAGCAGAAGACCGUCGGUAAUAGGCUCUCAAAUGUCCAAAUUUAUUCUUAGUAAUUCCACGCAACAUAACUAUACACAUCAAUUACCUCCCAUCAGGACCUCUUUAAGUAGUGGCAGUGGUAUCCCUACAUUGAAAUCAUAUAAUAAAGAAAAAGAAAUCAAUGAAAAUAAAGAUCUUUCAAAGACUGCCAUAAUCUCUCCAGUUGUUAAUCCAACUAAUAUCCCAAAUGAUACUUCAUCACCACAAUUACACAAAACGCCAGUUAGCAUGAAUCAAUCAUUUCAAUCAGAUAAUAUAUUACAUUCAAGCCCUUCAACUUUAUUACAAAAUAACAAUACAGGUAACAACAAUAAUAGCAUUAGUAGUAACAGCAAUAGUAAUAAUAACACCAGCAACAAUACUAAUAACAACACAGGAAAUACUGUACAAAGAUCAACAAAUACCAGUAGUAAUAUUAGUUUAAGAUCUUUCAAGAAACAAUAUGUCCUAAAUGAACAAGUGUAUUUAGAAAGAAUGAAAAAUAGAUUACAGGACGACGAAUAUUAUACAAGAGGAAUUGCUCCUUCUUCAUCCAUAAUGGAUAGUGAUGAUGAUAUUGAUUCAGAAAAUGAUGAUAUGUUUGGUUUGAAGAGUUCUACAUCAAAUAAAAUCAAUGACAAAGAUAGUUUUGGUUAUAAUUUUUUCACAACUUCAAUCUUUCCAAAUAGAUUUUUAAGUUCAUCAUAUGAAAAUUUGUUAAGCGUUAACCCAAAUUUUCUUUUGAAUAAAAUGGAAUGGUUAAGUUUAGAAGAUCCCAAGAAGAAACAGUUGAUUGAAAGACUUCAGCUUGCCAGGUUGAAGAAUAACACUUUACAAGAUACUUUGGAAUUGGAAGCUGUAGUGGAAAAAUUGUUUAGUGAUCAAAAUAUUAUGGAACGUAUAGAAUGGCAGACUAUGUUAUUUAACGUAUUAAAAGGUGAUAUUGUAAGAAGUGAAAAAACCAAAAUCGCUAAUAAAAGAACCAAUGGUGUAGAAAAUGAUCGUAGUGAUGACUUAUGGCUUGAAUUAAGAGCAUGGAUGAAUGGUAGAUCUAUAGAAGAUCAAAAAAAAUCACUUCGAGAAUUAAGAGACUCGGUGGAUUUAAUUAUUGAAGAAAUAAUAAAUUUUAAAGUUGCAGAUGGUGCAUCGUUUGAAGAAACUGAAGAGAUUGUAUCUACAUUGAUAAAUAAAUAUUAUAAAGUGAUGAAUUUAUGGCCUACAGUAAGAAAGAUGCAAAUAGAUAAGCCAAAGACCAAGACUAAUGAAUUUAAUAAGAAGGUUGACAUAAUGUUAAGCUGGCUUAAUGUGAAACAAAACUUAAAUGGUCUCUCUAAGAAAUUAGCAAUGUGGAUAGGUGUUGAACAUUUAAAUUUAGAUGGAGAUCAAGAAAUGGAAAAGAUUAUUAUCGAGAAAAGAAAGCAAUUUGCUGAACAAGUAAUGAAGGAGAAAGACAUUGAAGCUAUUUUCCAAAAAAAGAUAUUCUAUCCAUUGGCACCUUGGAUACUUAAAACUAAACUCUUUUAUGUUCAAAAUAUUUCUACUAUUAAAGUCAUGAAUUUGAAAUUUUCCGGUGAAGUAUUAGUUAUUUUACUUUUAUUCCCAAUGAAACUUUUAAAAGACAUAAUUUCUGUUAGAAUUGCAUAUGCCAAAAAGCUUAGAAAUCCUACAAUGAUGAUGAUUGAUCAAAUGAUAGAUGAUUUUUUUUCGUAUAUUAGACUUUCUGUCCAAUUAAAGUACACCCUAGUAAUUUAUUUGAAAGAUUUUAAUCUUCCAAUAGAUGCUGAUGAUAAUUUCGAAAAAAUAAUUAUAGAAGCAAUCAAAUAUUUAUUUGUAUUAUUACAACUAAAAAUACUUGAUGGAACUACAACACGAUUCAGGGCAUCGAAAGAACCUGAUUUAUUAUUGAAGUACUGGGAUGAUUUGAAAAACAUUGGAUACUAUAUCAAAGGUGCUGGUAGUGUAAUAUCUAUCGGGUUUAGUAAAUUAACUUUGAGAUUAUUGCAUAGAUUGCAUAGUUAUUUAACUCAGCAACAAAAUAUACCACCUCCUUUAAAAUCCUCACUUGAAGCUGAAAAAUGGGUUACACAAAUUUUUGAAAAUUUAGGUUCUACUAAAAGAAAACUUAAUAGGUUUACGAAUGUUUUGACUAAGGCCUUUCAAAAUUCAGUACUUUAUCAUGUAGAAGACUAUGAUAUUUUAUUACAAGGAUUAAAAGAUUCAGGUCAUUUUCUUCUCUAUACUGGUGGUGACCUUGAAGAUAAUGGAAUAUAUUUAAUUGGUAGUCGGGAACUUUUGGGAUCUAGCGAUGAAGAAAUUGUCAACAUACUAGAAAGCCGUAAUAUCGGUUGUGAUUUACUACCGAAAUUGGAUAUUAAAAAUAGUUUAAAUUUCUACAAUGGGUUACCUUGUGCAUCUUCAAAUUUUGAUUUAAUUAACGAUAGUGAUGGUAUUAUAUCUUAUCCUAGUAAUUAUAAUACUAUAGACAAUAUUGAGGGAGCAAAUUCAUACGCAGAACGUAAACACAACAACUCAAGAACAAAUCGUAAGACAAACUCCAACCAUAAAAUUUUAGACACAAAUAGGGAAGCGGAAAAUGAGAUGUUAGAAUUAGAAGAAAAAUUGCAAUCUUUAGGAUACUUAUUAAUUUUACGUCCAAGUAAACCUAUUGUAUGGGAAGGAAGCAUGUACAAUCUUUCUGAGAACACUGUUAUCCACUUUGAAAAAUUUGAUAUUAAAAAUGGGUUAGAUACUAUUACUUUAAUUACACAAGGUUCUAGUUAUGCUUUAGAAUAUCAAUGUGAUAGAUUCCAACAAGUGGCUGGACCUUCGGUCUUUUUUUUAGAGAGGAAAUGUUUAGUAGAAGAUGUUGAAAACACACUCCAUCGUAUAAAUAAAGGUUACUUUGGAUGUACUUACAGUAUGUUGAACGAUUAUGACAAGAUAAUAAGUACCUUCCAAAAAGUAUCGUCAUCCUCUGAAAUUUUAAAUGGUAUAUAUUUGUUUACUAGAGAUUUUGGUCGAAAUUUUUUAAAGAAUAAUAUUGCAGACAGUGAAAAGAAAUCCAUUAUUAUCAUUUUAAUGGUGAAGAUUGGUAUUGCAUGGUUAACAUUUUUAACUGAGGAAUGUGAUCCCACAGACCAAAAAACAUUUAGAUGGUGUGUAACUGCCAUGGAGUUUGCAAUGCAAAUGAUUAGCGGGUGGAAUAUCCUUGUAUUGGAUGAUGUUCAAUUUAAAUUAUUAAAGCAAAAAAUAUCUGCUUGCAUGUCAUUGUUGAUUUCCCAUUUUGAUGUGAUGGGUGCAAGAGCCUCUGAAUUAGAAACAAAUAAUCAACAACCUUUGAGAUCUAAUGCUGCAUUGAUAGAUGAUUUUGAUGUAGACUCGAUGCUGUAUGUGAACUCUCAAUUGAGACUUCAAGACAUCGAGAAAUUAGAAAAAACGUUUAAGGUAAAUCCACGUCAAGUGGGUAAAGUAUUAGAUGAUAAGGUAGGUGAUAAUAAAUAUAUUACUUCAUUAGCCUCAUCUAUGUCAAAUGUUUCAAUCAGAUGGCAAAAGAGAAAGUUUGUUGGUGGUGGUACUUUUGGUUCUGUGUAUGCAGCUAUUAAUUUAGAUAAUGGUGAUAUAUUAGCGGUAAAAGAAAUUAAAAUUCAAGAUAGUAAGGCAAUGCAAAAAAUCUUUCCAUGUAUCAAGGAAGAAAUGUCUGUUAUGGAAAUGUUGAAUCAUCCUAAUAUUAUUCAAUAUUAUGGUGUGGAAGUCCAUAGAGAUAAGGUAAAUAUAUUUAUGGAGUAUUGUGAAGGUGGCUCACUUGCUAAUUUACUAGAACAUGGAAGAAUUGAAGAUGAAAUGGUAACACAAGUAUAUACUUUAGAAUUGUUAGAAGGUCUAGCAUACUUGCACGAAUCUGGAAUUGUACAUAGAGAUAUUAAACCAGAAAAUAUUCUUUUAGAUUUCAAUGGUAUUAUUAAAUAUGUAGAUUUUGGUGCAGCAAGAAAAAUAGCUAGAAAUGGCACAGUUAUACCGAGAGCUUCUAUGUCUAUGAACAAGAGUAAACAUACUGUUAACAACUCUGCUUCCACUAUGACAAGUGAAUCUAUAGCAUCAACUGUUCAUACAGGAGAAUCAGACACAAAAACAAGCAGUAUUAUAACAGAAGACCGAACAACCAAUGUUCAAGGAAUGAUUGGGACACCAAUGUAUAUGGCACCAGAAUCUAUCACAGGAUCUAAACAUAAAGGUGCUUUUGGUGCAGAUGAUGUUUGGUCAUUGGGUUGUGUGGUAUUAGAAAUGAUUACUGGUAGAAGACCUUGGGCUAAUUUAGACAAUGAAUGGGCUAUUAUGUAUCAGGUGGCUGCUGGACAGACUCCUCAGUUACCUAAUAAAGAUGAAGUAUCAAAAAGCGGUAGGAAUUUUUUGAAGCGUUGCCUAGUACAUGACCCACGUAAGAGAGCUACUGCAGUUGAAUUAUUGAUGGAUCCAUGGAUUGUUGAUAUAAGAGAAAUUGCAUUCGGUACACCCGAUACCAAUACAGAAGGUACAGUCUCAUCUACAGUGCAAGAUAAUAUAUAA